UACAGCGCUGCGAUUAGCCUCUGGGAGCUGUCCCACAAUGACUGUUCUCACCUCUCUGAUCAAUAGUUUGAUCUCUACUGCUCUGCCCUCAGAUGACCAACCAUCAUCCCCACCCUGUAAAUUCCUGUGGAAUUUUGAAAGUCCCCUUCCUGUUUGUUUGGUGAUGCAUGCAGUGGUCUCAGCACAUCUUUCCAGGUAACCAUGCCUGCUCCAUGCACAAGGCGAUCCCCUGCUUGGAUCAAAGCCAAGCUGCUAGACCUCAUCAGCGUUUGGGGAGAGGAGGCUCUCCAGUCCCAGUUGCACUCCAGCCGUAGGAAUUAUGAUACCUAUGGACAGAUUUCACAUUGCAUGACAGAAAGGGGCCAUGACCGGGAAACACUGCAGUGCAAGGUCAAAGUGAAGGAGCUGCGGACCACCUACCACAAGGUGUUGGAGGCAAACCACUGCUCUCGUGCUGCGCCCAUGAGCUGCCGGUUCUACAAAGAGCUGGACGUGAUUCUCAGUGGUGACCCCCACCUCCACUGCAAAGGCCACGGUGGAUACUUCUGUGGCUCACGUGCCAGUCAAGAGUGGACUGAGUCAGGAGGAGGAAAUCUUGGAUGGGGAGGGGGCCCAGAGGACGACUCAGAGGCCAGAGAUGAAUGCAGCCAGGAGCUCUUUUCUACCCUGGAGGAGGCUAGCCAGGCACAGCUGUCAGAUCAUGGCGAAGCGCAAACAGAAGAGGAGGCCCCUGAGAUGACCUUGGGAGUCCAGCCUCCCUCUUUGUUAUCGCCGGCUGAAUGGCUGCGCAGAAUUAGAAAGCACAAAGGACUGUGAAGUCAUGAUGCACGCCGCGGCCAAAAAACAAGAAUUGAAGGAGUGGUGGGACAGCAAGAGGAGGGACGGAAAAGAGAAUGCGGCGUGCCAGAAUGAAGCCACGGAGCGGCUCUUAAACAUUAUGGAGCACCAGGCGGACGUGCUCCAGGUGCUACUAGCACUGCAAUCUGAGCAGCUCCAUGCCUGCCCUCCCGUGCAGCCGCUGUCGCAAAACUCUUUCCCAUUCACCCCCCAGAUACCACCAGCACACUCUUAUCAACCUCCUGGCUCCAGUCUUUACCUGUGGCAUUCCACUCCUGCCCUGUCACAGUCCAGCCCUACGGACUCUCAGUACCCACUGCAUUCAACACCCAUCCCUCUGCAGUUUAGCCCUGCUGAAGUACAGUACCUGCUGCACUGUACUCCAAAGGACAAGGUUACAUAUGAUACCUGGACAUACACAAAUCUUUAACCAUCCUGGGACCCCACCUCCUCCUGGGAUGCUCACUUCCCCCAUCCCCCGUAGUGCUGAUGUGUUUUUCUGUUUGUCUCUCUCCUCUG